UUACAAAAACAACACACAGGAACUUAGAAAACAGGCACACAGAAACCUGAAUUGCAUCAAGGCAUUCCUUAUGGUCUGUGUGAAAUGUAAUCAAGUGGGUUAACUGUUGUCCUGUAGCUCUCACAUCCUUUUAUUGUGUGACCAGAAUGGCUUUCCUGAGAUCCUGGCAGAGCCAGCCUACCCUGCCUUUCCCAUUUUUGCAGAGCAGUUUCAGGAUCCUGCUGGUAAUUAUCAGAAUUGUGUCUCUAGCAGCUCUCUGCAGUUUCCUGUUUCCUCAGAGACCACAAGAGCUGAGAGGAAACCUUUUCUUAAGGAGUUCUGCUUCCAGCUGCUGCAUGCAAAAUUCACCCUUUCCUACAAGUGUGUGGCCAGUUUGUCUCUCAGCUACAUGAAUCCCUUGGUUUUCCUGAUUUUCACUUAGAAAACCUGUCAGUUUGGUGUCCCUCUUCUCCUAUAAGGUAAUCAUACAAGGCAAGGUUUCAAUUUUAGCAUCUUCCACUUAUUCAUAACUCCCACCUGUAUAAAACAGUGUGAAGUAGUUCAGCUGCUUGAGCAAAGAGUAUUUCUUCGGCCCUUGAUCACAGGUGCAGUUCUAGCCCAAACAAUACAAAAAGCCAAGAUAUCUUUGAGGAGUGUGUUGUGAUCCAGGCACAGGGAACAGCAUUCCUCCAAGGCUGUAUUUCAGCAUUUUGUCAGGGUGAGCCUGGAGUCAUGGUUUACACACUACUUUGUUAAUUCUCUAUUCUGGAUGUUUUAUGUUAUAUUGCAAAAACACAGAUGCAUAUGGAAUUUUUAUAUAUGAAAAAAACCUGGCACUCCAUUAGGCACAACUGUCACAGUUUUCCAAAACCAAAGAAAAUUCUCCAGGAGAUGCUCUGAGUUGCUUCUAAAUAUUAGAACCAGAAACUUAUAAUGAAAACCUUGAAUAGUUCCUCCUACAAAUCUGUUAUCUGGCCAAGCCCUUUCCACUGACCACAGUCAGCUGCAUGUUAUGUAAUCUCUUAAUCCAAACACUGUCUGCUGUGGCAAAAGCAGGUGUGGGAAGCGGUCAGGGGCAGUAAUUUCUGAUGGUCGUGUCAGCUCAGUGCUGCUGUCAAGUUUCACUUACAGUCAUCAAACAGCUCUGGAAAAAAUGAGAAGCAGAUUUGUGUGGUGCUGUGAAGUGUUGUCACCCCUCAGUCAAAGCCCUGCGGGCAGGAGCUCGGUGCGCUUGCACCCUGCCCCAGCGGCUCUCAGCCCAGCACAGAAACUCACAAAGAAGAGAAUUGUUCUUGAAUGAGGAAAAGCGUUGUUUCUCACCUUCAGCCAGAAUGCUGUCUUACAUCUGCCUGAGCUGGGUUCUCCUGGUGCUGUUCACAGGCUCCACAGUAUCGGAAUUAGCUGUGAUAGGAGAGGUUGGUCAGGACAUCACUGUGCCCUGCCGCUACAGUGUCCGGAACACAGGGGACAUCACAUCCAUGUGCUGGGGUCGGGACAGGUGCCCCACUUCCAAGUGUUCCCAGCCCAUUAUCUGGACAGAUGGCAGGAAGGUGACAGAGCGGCAGAGCAGCAGGUACCAGCUGAGAGGGGCCCUGCAGAAGGGGGACGUGUCCCUGACCAUCCUGAACGCCAGGGAAACAGACUCUGGCUUCUAUUGCUGCCGUGUGGAGAUCCCUGGGCUUUUCAACGACCAAUUGGUGAAUCACAAGGUUGUGGUAAAGAAAGCAAGGAUCACUACAGCAAGUCCUCACACUUACACCUCUGAACAGACCUCAGCUCCUGGCAGCACCAGUGAAUCCUCCUCUGCUGUCACAAGGACCUGGCCAUCGGUUUCUGCUUCAGAAGCUCCUCAGACUGCCUCUGCUCCCUGCUCAGACCCCUCAGACUGCCUGGAUGUGACUGCAAACCUGCAGAACACAUCUGUAUCACUUCCCAGUCAGCAGCACCAGGAGCACGGGCUGUACAUUGGGAUUGGUGCAUGUGCAGCAUUUCUGCUCAUCCUCAGCUUGGCUCUGCUCCUCUCUAAGCACUAUUUUUACAACACAAAGAAGAUGGGUGGUUCUGCAGGCUUUGUUGCAUUUUGGAGGCCACAAGGUGUGGGGAACCAUAGUGUCCUGGAAGAUGAGAACCAUGCAGAGGAAAAUGUUUAUAUCAUGCACUAAGGACUGGAUGCAUGGCUGCCUUUGUCAUUGCUGGGACAUUAAAUAGUUUGCAAAAUGUUGGCUGCUCCCUCUGCUCAGCAGCUGAACGUGACUGCACUACUGAAGCAUUAUUCACAUCCUAAUAAUAAAACAAAUACAACCUACACUUUUAAUUAAAAUCUUUAUCAGCCUGUUCCAGAGACAGAAACCAAAACUGGCCUUGGUGGAACUUUCCAUUUCCUAAAGAAAGUUGUGAUUAUAUUUAUUAUCUGCUUCAAAUUCUCGCUUCCUUGCUGGAAAAAAAAGAAGAGGAAGUGCCAGAAGGGCACAAUUGUGUUCACUGUGGAUUCUGUCUGCUAUCUUCCACAGAGUCUGUGCCAUCAGAGGGCAGGAGCAAUCUCAGAGCUGUGUGACAAAGAUGGCACAUGGCCAAUUUUGGUAGUAUUAGUAAUUUAACACACACUUAUUGUGUUUUCAUUGAAAUCAGGUAUGGCCUGUUCUGGUAACAGCUCAAUAAUGCAAUAUUCUAAAGCCUGAACACCUGGAAUUAAAUCUGGAGGAGCUAUGGCUGCUCACCCCUGAGGGGAUAUCCUUGAAGCCUCCAGCAUCAGUGUGUCAAUGUCCAGAUCAGACACAGCCUGUGUGCAGAGAAUUAUGACUAAGUGUGAGGUUUUUUGGCAAACUACGUCACUGUUUUUCUGUGGCUUUCUCCUCGGGCACAUCUUUACCCUGGGAAGCCCUUGGGGUGGAAAGUCUCACUUCCAACUCUCUGAAAAAUCUGAACAACCUUCCCCCUGCCUUUGUAAAGUUAAUGAAAUUAUUUUCUUAGCUUGCAGAGAUAUCAUAGACAUUGCACAAAAUAUUGGCUGGAAGUUUGACUUUCCUUCACACGUCUCUAGAUAUCAAACAACUCAAUCCCUAAGAAUGUUGAUUGUCUUUAAUGGAUUUUACCUCACAAAUGGGAAAUCACUGUGGCCAAGUGCCUCUCCUCAAUUAAUCUUUUAUUCUCUGCUAAACAAAACUUUGGUU